CGCACGGCUUCCUUCCUUCUUUCCUUCUUUCCUCCGUCCCUUCCUUUCCUUGGCAGAUCGACUCAGAAUCUCCAAUGGAGUCCCUGAGUCUAUAUAUAGGUGCCGUCUCCCUCUGAGACCAACUCGCAAACCUACCGCCGGAGCAAACACACGAAACCCCAACCCAAAGAGAUCGUUCGAACGAGCGAGCGAGAGAGAGAUUUGUUAAGAAGCCCAAGGACAACAGCCAUGGGCAAGAUCAAGAUGCCGUCCCUCUUCCGCCGCCGGAGCCGCUCCAAGUCGCCGCCGUCGCAGCGGCAGCUGGAGGAGGAGGGGCUGGGGCAGGACCAGCAGCAGCAGUGCGGCGACGGGUCUUCUUCCCCGGCGCGGACGCCGGAGGAGGAGAUGGAGCGGGUGUUCCGCAAGUUCGACGCGAACGGCGACGGGCGGAUCUCGCGGCCGGAGCUGGCGGCGCUGUUCGAGAGCCUGGGCCACGCGGCCACGGACGACGAGCUGGCCCGCAUGAUGGCGGAGGCGGACGCCGACGGUGACGGCUUCAUCAGCCUCGCCGAGUUCGCCGCCCUCAACGCCGCCGCCGCGCCCGGGGACGCCGAGGAGGACCUCCGCCUCGCCUUCGGCGUCUUCGACGCCGACGGCAGCGGCGCCAUCUCCGCCGCCGAGCUUGCCCGCGUCCUACACGGCCUCGGCGAGAAGGCCACCGUCCAGCAGUGCCGCCGCAUGAUCGAGGGCGUCGACAAGAACGGCGACGGACUCAUCUCCUUCGAAGAGUUCAAGGUCAUGAUGGACGGAGGCGGCGGGUUCGCCAAGAUCGCGUAACCGAAUUAAUUUCUCCAACGGUUUUUUUGUUUCCUCUAAUAUCCCCCCCCCCCCCCCCCUCUCCUCACCUAAUCCGAGCGCGUGGAAAAUUAAGUGUAUAUAAGAUGGGAUUAAGAAGAUCGUUUGUAGGCGCUAGAUUCGAUUCUACUACUAAUAAUCGCAAAAUCGCGAGAAUUGUUAUGCGAACAUCAUCAGUUUUCGGAAAAUUUGAGGCUGGAAAUCAGCGGUUCAAGGUUAAUGUGACACUUUGCAUUGUUCUGAUC